AUGGAAUUUGGCCUGUUUUAUUGCCGCUUCUCCUCCGGCCCUCCUGCUCGGAGAGGGGGCUUGGUGGCGAUUAUCGAAGUGAGGAUGUUGCUAUAUAUCUUGAAUGAUGCCAUCUUUGAUGAAAAUCACAGAGAGAUUGUGAUUGUCAAGGACAUUGAGUUUCACCUGGUUCCCUUCUUUGACAAGGCUCACAUUGCAUACAUCCCAAACAAGGUCGCCAUUGGUCUUAGCAAGCUUGCAAGGAUUGCUGAAAUCUACAGCAGGAGGCUUCAAGUUGAGGAGCGUCUAAACAAACAGAUCACCUUGGCCAUUCAAGAGGCACUGGAGCCUGCGGGAGUGGCAGUGGUCAUCGAGGCCAUUCACAUGUGCAUGAUGAUGAUCUACGCCGGUACUGUUACAAGUGUCAUGUUGGGAGCAUUUGAAGAUGAUCCCAAGACCAGGAAGGAGUUCCUUGCCCUCGCCAUAAAAGAAUGA